AGGAAGAGGAGGACAUAUAGCUAUAAAUGGUCAUGAUACGAGCAUGCAUGUUCAACUUGUAGAGAGAGAUGGCAUUAAGUGGUAAAAAAGUUGCUCAGUUUGACAUUAAAUCAGACUGUGAUGUCUUUCACGAGCUAUGGAAGACAAACCCACACCAUAUUCCCACCUUGAGCCCGACUACAUACCAAAACUGUCAAACUCUUGAAGGUGAAGCUGGAACUGUGGGCUGUGUUCUCUUGUGGCAUUAUUUUCAUGAUGGCAAAGAUAGCACUGUAAAAACGUUAAUCCAUGAAAUUGAUGAGGCAAAAAAGUCGAUCACCUUCAAGGCACUGGAUGGUAGUGAUAUCUUGGAAUUCUAUAAGACCUUUGUUGUGCAUGUUCAUGUAGACACACAUGGUUCAGACAACCUUGUCACAUGGACUAUUGAGUAUGAGAAGCUGAAUCCUGAUGUUCCUGAUCCGGAUACGCUUUUGGAAUUCUUCAAGAAGGUUACCAAAGACAUAGAGGCUCACCAUCUCAAAAAUUAAAGAAAUCAAGAUCUCAUACUUGAUUUUGGAUGUAUCAAUGUUGUGCUGCCUCGUUAUGUUAUGUACUUAUGCUGUGUUGUGUUAUGUUUAUUAGUUGUGUGUUAUAUGUAAUAAAAGCAUUUUAUUUUAAUUGCAAUAUUUCGUUACUAAACUUCAA